GGUAGCUUCCCGCUACCGCUAGAUGUCUCUUACGUCGUGGAUCCUAGGUUGACGACGACGUUGUGUAUUCCGCCCCGCUCUCUCAUUCCGCAGAGGAGUCAUCAUGGGACGGCGGCCUGCGCGGUGCUACCGCUAUUGCAAGAACAAGCCCUACCCCAAGUCCCGAUUCUGUCGAGGUGUCCCCGACCCCAAGAUUAGGAUUUUCGAUCUUGGCAGAAAGAAGGCCAAGGUUGAGGACUUCCCGCUGUGUGUGCAUCUCGUCUCUGAUGAGUAUGAACAGCUUUCAUCCGAGGCCCUUGAGGCUGGCCGUAUUUGCUGCAACAAGUACUUGGUGAAGAACUGCGGCAAGGACCAGUUCCACAUUCGCAUGAGACUUCAUCCUUUCCAUGUGAUCCGCAUCAACAAGAUGUUGUCCUGCGCUGGAGCUGAUAGGCUCCAAACUGGAAUGCGCGGUGCUUUUGGCAAACCACAGGGCACUGUUGCUCGCGUCGACAUCGGCCAGCCCAUUAUGUCUGUUCGCUCAAGCGAUCGUCAUAAGGCUUCCGUGAUCGAGGCUCUCAGGCGUGCCAAGUUCAAGUUCCCUGGCCGCCAGAAGAUCUAUGUCUCCAAGAAGUGGGGAUUCACAAAAUACGAGAAGGAAGAGUAUGAAAACCUCUUGAAAGAAGGCAGACUGGAGAAUGACGGAUGCAACGUCAAGUACAGGCCUGAGCAUGGUCCACUUCUCAGCUGGAAGAACUGGCAGAAGACGCUGAGCGAAGGCAGAGGAUAAUUUGUCUAUGACCACCUUCCAAUUCAAUAAACUCAAUCUUUCGGGUAUUA